AUUGAGCAGUUUCCAAUACAUUAUGAGUUGUCUUUUACCCUUCUUUUUUUUUUUUUUUUGACUAAAUAGCAUAUUUGUUUGUUUCUUUAAAGUUGAGAAACAUUUUGUCAAAUUAUUAUUAUCAUAGAGUCAUGGAGACAUGUGAGGCAACAGAGAUUUUCAAACCUAAACGGAUUUUCUUGUUCCCACUCACAGUACUCAUUCUUGUGAUACUUCUUCCUCUUCUCAUUCACUUCAAUCAAACAUCAUCAAAAGUACUAUAUCCAAUUGUAGAACCUAUUACAACUAGUUGUAACAACUUGUUCUUAGGAACAUGGGUUCCUUAUCUAAAACAACCUUAUUACAAUCAAACAUGUCCUUUUAUAACUGAGAAACAGAACUGUCUUAUUCAUGGAAGACCAGACAGUGAUUUUCUUAAAUGGAGAUGGAAACCUGAUAAUUGUGAACUUCCUUUGUUUGAUGCAACUCAGUUUUUCAAGAUUGUUAAGGGAAAGUCAAUGGCUUUUGUCGGUGACUCUAUUGGGAGAAAUCAAAUGGAAUCAUUGCUAUGUCUCUUGAAUUCUGUUGCUCGUCCUGAGGAAAUUACAACUAAAUAUGUAUCAUCAAUUGAAGACCUAACAUAUUUCAAAUGGUGGUUCUAUGCUGAUUAUAAUUUUACCAUUGCAAUGCUAUGGUCCCCUUUUCUAGUAAAAUCCUCUAAAUCUUACAUCUACAAUAGUUCUAAUUUCUACAAACCCGAGAGUCUUUAUCUAGAUGAACCAGAUACAGCUUGGACAAGUCGAAUUGAAAAUUUCGACUACGUGAUUUUCUCCGGUGGACAAUGGUUUUUCCGACCAUUCACAUUCUACGAAAAUGGUACAAUUGUUGGAUGUCAAAAAUGCAACAACUCAAUAGAACUAAACUAUUACGGAUACAAGAAAGCGUAUCGAACAGCUUUCAAAACUAUCAUGAAUCCUAAUCUCUUCAAAGGGUUGGCAUUUUUGGUGACACAUUCUCCAAAUCAUUUCGAGAAUGGCGAAUGGAACAGAGGUGGAGGUUGUAAUAGAACACAACCAUUUACUAAUGAACAAAAAUGGGAGGUGCAUCCAUAUGGUCUAGAGAUUAUACAUCAAAUACAAUUGGAUGAAUUUAGUGCUGCAAAGAACAAUACAGGGAAAAAUGGUUCACGUUUUGGUUUGAUUGAUAUAACAGAUGCAAUGUUGAUGAGGCCUGAUGGACAUCCUAACAAAUAUGGGCAUGUGUCUGGUAAAAAUGCAAGCAUUAAUGAUUGUGUUCAUUGGUGUAUGCCAGGGCCUGUUGAUACUAUUAAUGAGAUUUUUCUCUAUAUGAUCAUGAGAAUGGGAUUGUGAUAGAAAUAUUUGUUUUAGAUUCAAAAUGUAUACUUUUGUUUUGGAAAAGUAAUUUUCUUAAACAAUGUAUUGAACAAAGGUGUUUGUGUUUUUCCUAUGAAGAAUUGCUAAUUCAGUAUUAGGCCAGAUAAUAU